GUUGCAAGUGCUUUGCUAAGUUGUAACAAAAACUCUCUGUAUCUUUUUUCUCUCAAUGAAUGAUAAGCGGUCAGUGGUGGUAGCAAUGGCAAGGGUGGUGAUUGUUUUCGACUUUGACAAGACUAUCAUAGACUGUGAUAGUGAUAAUUGGAUCGUGGAUGAGUUGGGUGUCACCCAAUUGUUCACUCAGCUCCUCCCUACCCUGCCUUGGAACUCUCUCAUGGAUAGGAUGUUGAUGGAGCUUCACUCUCAAGGAAAGACGACUGAGGACAUUGCAGAGUGCUUGAAAAAGGUUCCAUUGAAUCCCAGGAUUAUAUCUUCAAUUAAAUCAGCACAUGCUUCUGGGUGUGAUUUGAGGAUAGUCAGUGAUGCAAAUGCAUUUUUCAUUGAAACAAUCUUGAAACAUCAUGGGCUGAUAAAUUGUUUCUCAGAAAUCAACACGAACCCAAGCUUUAUUGAUAGGGAAGGUAGGCUUAGAAUCUUACAAUUCCAUGAUCUCAAUACGCCUCCUCAUGGUUGCAAUAUUUGCCCUCCCAACAUGUGCAAGGGUCUAAUAAUGGAAAAGAUCAGAGCUUCUGUAUCAGCAGAGGGAAAUAAGCGGUUCAUCUAUCUUGGUGAUGGAUCCGCAGAUUUCUGCGCCAGUUUGAAGCUUGAAGGAGGAGAUUUCCUGAUGCCGAGGAAAGAUUUCCCAAUCUGGGAAAUAAUAUGCACCAACCAAAGACUCAUAAAAGCAAACAUUCAUGAAUGGAGCAAUGGGGAGGACCUUGAAACCACACUGCUCAAGUUAUUGAACUCAAUCUUCCUUGAAGAAGAGAAAAGCAGUGUGAGAACUGAUCAAUUGGUUGAAGUUGAUUGCAAGUUCCUCACGAGUUCAAUCAUUACCCAUGCAUGAUACCUUUAGCAAUGCUCUCCCAGUUCCCCAAUAGUUGUAUGGGUCUCUAUUUUGUGGUUAUAAGAGUGCCACUUAUGUUUCUAAUGUUUGAACCUCUUAUUAGCUUUUACCAAUUGCAAAUUACAAUAACUCUGCGUCUUCUUGACGAGAAACUAAAUUAGCUUUUCUCUGCAUGGAAAUCAUUUUCCUUGAAGAAUGAGACAACUACAGCUGUAAUGAUUAUCAUUUUCAUGAUAAGUGUUGGGGUUCAAUCUCAACCAACCCAACAUGCACAUAUCAUUUUUAUAUCAAAAUCACGCACAAGAAUUCUCUGUUUCAAUAUUUUAGAUAAAGUAAAAUCCCAACAUUCUAUAUCAAAGCCUCGCACAAAAUUUUUAGUGUUCAAUUUCCAACAUUCAAUAAAAUACAAAAUUAAGACCGCCAAAAAGUGGAGUAUGACGCACCUGGAAGCCAAUAAUGGCCCUCGCGUGGCUUAUUGGGGCCCAAAUGAAUGGUCAGUACAAGCUGAAAACACACUAAUUAUUCUCCAAAUGAGAAAUGCUAGGGACACCAAUUUUAUGUCAUAACUUGUCACAUAGUGAGUUGUGAUUGGUAAAGAUGUGUUAAUGGGUUAUAUGGGAACACACCCUUACCAAUUACAACUCGCCAUGUGGCAAGUUGUGACACAAAAUUGUGCCAAAAUUAGUGUCCCUAGCAUUUCUCUCUACAAAUAUGUUGCUUUCAAACCCAAAAAGGGUCCUAGUCACUGUUUAUACAUCAACAAAAGUGCCUAAUAUAAUACUUAUUAAACAGAGCAUAGUAAAAAUGGAGAUAUACAUAAGCCCACUUCCCCUCCACGUA